ACUCACCCCACAACGCUUUGGGCUUUGCAAUGGCUUCGCGCCUCUUUCAUGUGGCAAGGCCCCUCGCCUUCGCCGCCGUGUUCCCUUUCGCACGGCGGGAGCCGAAAGGCCAAGAGGCAUGCAAAAGAAGAGGACAGAGGUGGUUCGCGCCGAUCCCAUGUGCACAUCGUAGCCUGUGGUGCGAAGAGCGGCCGAAGGUUGCCAUCGGGAUCGAUCUCGGGACGACCUACUCCUGUGUGGGCGUAUGGAAGGAUGGGGGCGUGCAGAUCAUCGAAAACUCCGAGGGCAAGCGCACGACCCCGUCCUUCGUAGCCUUCACGGAGGCCGAGCGCCUGGUCGGGGACGCCGCCAAGAGCCAAGGGGCGCGGAACCCCGGCAACACGGUCUAUGACGCGAAGCGGCUCAUCGGCCGGAAGUUCCAGGAUGCUCCGGUGCAGCAGGACAUGAAGCACUGGCCCUUCAAGGUGGUCCGUGGCAAGGAUGACAAGCCCCUGAUUGAGGUCACCUUCCAGGGGAAGACGAAGCAGUUUCAUCCUGAGGAGAUCUCCGCCAUGGUCCUUCAAAAGAUGAAGGAGACGGCAGAGGCGCACUUGGGCCAUCCCGUCACCGAUGCCGUGAUCACCGUCCCGGCAUACUUCAACGACUCUCAGAGGCAGGCCACCAAGGAUGCCGGCGCCAUUUGCGGCCUGAACGUCCUGAGGAUCAUUAACGAGCCGACGGCUGCGGCUCUCGCCUACGGCUUGGACUCGAAGACCAAAGGUGCCCACCACGUGCUUGUCUACGACAUGGGCGGGGGCACGUUUGACGUCUCGCUUCUAGAAAUAGAGGACGGCGUCUUCGAGGUCAAGGCCACAGCUGGGGACACCCACCUCGGCGGGGAGGACUUCAGCAACCGGCUCAUGGAGCACUGCAUCAAGGAGUUCGAGCGCAAGAACCGCGGCAAGGACGUGCGCAAGAACCAGCGGGCACUGCGGAGGCUGCAGGCAGAGUGCGAUGCGGCCAAGAGGACGCUCUCCUCGUCCACGCAGGCAACCAUCGAGGUGGACUCGCUGCUGGACGGCAUCGAUUUCUCCUGCUCGAUCUCCAGGGCCAAGUUCGAGGAGCUGAACCAGCAGCUCUUCAAGCGCUCUAUGGAGUCGGUGGAGAAGGUCCUCAGUGACGCCAAGGUGGACAGGAAAUCCAUUGAUGAGGUCGUGCUGAUCGGCGGAUCCACGCGGAUACCUUUCGUGCAGAAGCUCAUUGAGGACUACUUCGGCAAGGAGGCCUGCAGGUCCAUCAAUGCGGAUGAGGCCGUGGCCUACGGGGCGGCGGUGCAAGCAGCGGUGCUGUCGGGCUCCAAGGGCAAGGAUUCCGCGCUCAAGGACAUCGUGCUGCUGGACGUCACGCCUUUGUCUCUGGGCCUGGAGACCGCCGGGGGCGUCAUGACCAGGUUGAUCGAGCGCAACUCCACCAUCCCCACCAACAAGAAGCAGGUCUUCUCCACCUACUCGGACAACCAGCCGGCCGUCUCCAUCCAGGUCUAUGAGGGCGAGCGCUCCAUGACCAGGGACAAUCGGCUGCUGGGCUCCUUCAACCUGGAUGGCAUCCCACCGGCGCCUCGGGGGGUGCCUCAGAUCGAAGUCGCCUUCGACCUGGACUCCAACGGGAUUCUCAACGUCUCAGCGGCAGACAAGACCACGGGAAAGUCGAACAAGAUCACCAUCACAAACGAGAAGGGUCGCCUCUCCAAAGAUGAGAUUGAGAGGAUGGUGAAGGAGGCGGAGCAAUUUAGGCAGGAGGACGAGGCUUUGCGAAAGAACGUCGAGGCCAGGAAUGAGCUGGAGAGAUAUGCCUACUCCGUCAAAGGCUCUCUGGACAGGGAGGACUUGAAGGACAAGUUCAGCGAGGAGGACCGGUCCAAGGUGCAAGAGGCCGUGGACAGCGCCUUGAAGUGGUUCGAGGAGAACUCGCAGGCUGAUGCCGGGGAGCAUGAGGCGAAGCAGAAGGAGCUGGAGGGAGUCGUGAAUCCCAUCAUGGUGAGGAUCUAUGGAGAGAAGGGCGGCGAGGCGCAGGACGCCGAGGGCAGCUAGGUCCAGGACAAGAGGUGUGGAGUGAGCACGGGAGUAAUCUGCGAUGUGCAUCAAUGGCCCUCAGGAGCGAAUUUGUUUGGGUAUCCCAGGCUGAACUGCAGGAGCGAAAGACGUGCCAUGCG